GCGGGCUCUGUGAACUUCAAGGCUGUUUAUGCUGUAAUUAACUUUUGUUUGUGCAUUUGUAUUAAUCGUAUUUUAGAAUGUCGCAUAAAUUAUUUUACUUAAUUGCGACAUUAAUUGCUCAUUUGUGUUUGGUAAAUGCGGACACUCCUGCUAAUUGUACAUAUGAGGAUGCUCAUGGUCAAUGGAUCUUUCACGUUGGAGAUUAUCAAUCAAAAUGUUCUGAAAAUUUAAAACCGAAACAGUUUGUCACUAUCAAUCUUUUAUAUCCGGAUAUUGCUAUGGAUGCAUUUGGGAAUAGAGGACAUUGGACACUUAUUUACAAUCAAGGUUUUGAAGUGACAAUAAAUCAUCGUAAAUGGUUAGUUAUAUUCUAUUAUAAAUCAAAUGGAGAUUAUAAUUGUCACAAAUCUAUGCCAAUGUGGACGCAUGAUACUUUAAUUCGUCAAUGGAAAUGUUUUAUGGCGGAGAAAAUGGGAGUACAUGACAACCCCAAAACCAACAAACAAAUUCCCUUCAAAGGUUUUGUCAAUACACUUUAUCAAGUUGACUUCGAGCUUGUGAACAGAAUAAACACACAGCAAAACUCAUGGCGAGCAGCAGUUUACCCUGAACUGUCAAAGUACACGAUGGCUGAAAUGAGAAGUCGAGCUGGUGGUGUCAAGUCUUCACUUUCUAGACCUGCACCAAUGUUGCACAGAACCAGGGCAUCAGAAGAACUCCUUGCGUUAACUAGAAAUCUCCCGGUAGAAUUUGAUUGGGUCAAUCCACCAAAUGGUCUACGAAGUCCUGUUACACCAAUUCGUAAUCAACAAGCUUGUGGUAGUUGUUAUGCCUUUGCAUCUGCUGCUGCACUUGAAGCGCGUAUUCGUCUAGCUAGCAAUUUCACUCUGCAGCCUAUUCUAUCUCCUCAAGCUAUAGUUGAUUGUAGUCCUUAUUCUGAAGGCUGUAGCGGUGGUUUUCCUUUCCUGAUUGCUGGAAAAUAUGCUGAAGAUUUUGGAUUUGUACCAGAAGACUGUGAUCCAUAUACUGGUGAAGAUGGCGACAAAUGUCCUGUAUCCAAAAACUGUACUCGGUAUUAUGCUACAAAUUAUGGUUAUAUUGGCGGUUAUUACGGGGCGACUAAUGAAGAACUUAUGCGAUUAGAACUUGUUAAUAAUGGUCCAUUCCCUGUUGGAUUUGAAGUAUACGAAGAUUUUCAAUAUUAUAAGCAGGGUGUCUAUCGUCAUACAGGACUUCAUAGUAAUCGAUACGGUUUUGAUCCAUUCGAGUUGACCAAUCAUGCUGUUCUAUUAGUCGGUUAUGGUGUGGAUAAGUCAACUGGUGAACCAUACUGGAAAAUAAAAAAUAGUUGGGGUUCUGGAUGGGGUGAACAAGGAUUCUUUCGAAUUCUACGUGGAGUCGAUGAAUGCGGCGUAGAAAGCUUAGGUGUUCGAUUUGAUCCUGUUCUAUAAGUAAUCCUACACUUGUGUGUCUGCGUAUAAACCUAAGCUAAGCUCUACACAUCUUUACUCUUAUAGAUACAUAAACGAACAAAUCAUGCAGGAUGUAUAAGACUGCCACUCUUACAUUUGAUCUGACUACUCUGCAAUCUCAUUUACUCUAUUAUUAUUAUUACUUUUUUUUAUACAUUUAUUUAAAACACAUUUACUAUUGCAAUUAGAUGGAUUGAUAGAAGCCGGUGAUUUUAAAGAAGAAUUAUUUUGUAGACCACAGCGUACAUCCAUUUUAGAUCUGUUUUCCCCCUCUUUAUUACCGUUUGAUAUAUUUUUCAAGCUGCUCCUAAGCGUUUCAUGUUUUUAGCACGUUGAUUAUUUAACAAUUACAAAUGGACAAUUUACA